AUGUAUCAUAAUUUCACUAACAAGAUAAUACACGAGGGGGAAACAGUAAUACCGAAACGUCAGACCUUGCCUAUCAAUAGCACCUCAUCCGGCGACAAUUUGGUAGCUACUCCCCCAAAGGCAGCCACACCUCUUCGCCUAAAUUCUCCUGGUGAUACGAGUUUCCAUGAUAUGCCUAAAUUGAUUCACAAGUGGACUCGCACCCUUUCCAUUCUUUGUUGUGUGGCAUCACCAGUGCACAAAUUGCUAUUCUGUGGAACUCAGGAUGGUAAGAUUUUAGUAUACGAUUUGUCAGAUUACAGUUUGACUAAGGAGAUAGACGCUGGUGGACAACAACAUCAACCACCAUCGAUAUUAACCAUGUGUUUAAGUAAGGAUGAGAAUUACUUAUUUGUGGCCGGUUCUGAUUCUUUGAUUAAAGUGUUUGAUUUGUCAGGAAACGACUUCCACUGCACCCAUAUCAUAUAUUCACUAGUUGAUAUUGGAGAUAUUUUCUCAAUUGCAUGGUGUGAUGAACUGUCCACGGUUUACAUUGGGGCCCAAAAUGCCUCAAUUGUAUGGUGCAAAUUGUCAUUCGAUAAAAGUUCAUUUACAUCAAGAUCCAAUAUUGAAAGAUUGCCUAGUUUCCGAUAUGAUAAGUUUUUCGACUCAAAGGGACCAGGAGGCUCACAAAAUACACUACAAACUAAGCAUGAAAUUUACAGAAAGAACUCAUCAUCGACUACGAGGAAUUCACCCCAUACAAAACACCUCAAAUUGGUUGAAGCUGGUUCUGAAGAUAUUAUAAGGUUUUCUCAUAAUGGGUAUGUUUACUGUAUGGAUAUUGUCAAUGCAGAAAUUGGUGAUUUUCAUGAACGCAAGUAUCUUAUUUCUGGAGGUGGUGACGGAAGUAUCAAUAUUUGGUCGAUUGAUCCAAGUAAUGGUGGAACGCCGGUCAAAUUGACAAGUUUAGCUAACGAAGAAUCAGUUUUGUCAAUGUCGGUUCAAGGUUCGUUGUUGUAUGUUGGGCUCGGAAACUCCUGUGUCAAUGUAUGGGAUUUGACCACAUUACAAUUAAUUCGAUCAUUUCAUUUCUCAGCUGAAUUAAGAGAACAUCCUCAUUUACAACGAAAUCAUAAUCUUCAUCAGAAGCAACAUCAAGACAAUGAAGUUCUCAGUUUGGCUAUCUACAAUGAUUCCAUCUUUAAAGCAUGUUCUCAUUCCGGAUUAAUUAAAUUGGCCAUGAAGAGUAAAAAUGUUUCAUUACAUGAUAGUAUUCUCAUGAGUGUUGAAGAAGAAGAUGGGAUAAUAAACACCGUCACCGUGUUUACUAUUGAUUCAGUCACAUACUUGCUUUCAGGGGGAAACAAAUCACUUUGUUUAUGGGACAUCACUCGGUCUACCCCGAUACAGGAAGAUCGCACACCCCCAGUUAUUUCUCUUGCUGACAAAUUAUCUAAUGAUAAUUUACUUUCUACCUUGAAGAAGUAUAUUUCCUAUCGAACAAUUUCAAAAAACCCUCAAUUAUACCUUGAAGACAGUCGACACUGUGCCCAGUUCCUUUCACGAUUACUUGUUGAUUUAGGCGCAUAUCAAACGAGAUUAUUACCUGUGCAUAAUGGUAAUCCUAUAGUGUUCUCUGUAUUUACCAAGAACGAUAGUCUGGUACUGCAACUGGAAUUAAAUAAGAAAGUUAGAUUGUUAUGGUAUGCCCAUUAUGAUGUUGUUGAUGCUACUAAUCACGAAGCCGAAGAUUGGGCCACUGAUCCAUUCACCAUGACUGCUCGAGAUGGGAACUUAUAUGCUCGUGGUGUAAGUGAUAACAAAGGUCCUACGUUAGCUGCGAUAUACAGUGUUGCUGAAUUAUACCAAAAGCAAGAGUUGAGUUGUGAUGUCGUGUUCAUUAUUGAAGGUGAAGAAGAGUGUGGUUCGUUUGGGUUCCAACAGGCCAUUCAUGAACAUCGUCUGAUGAUUGGCGAUAUUGAUUGGAUUGUCUUGUCGAAUUCGUACUGGUUAGACGAUAAUACUCCAUGUUUGAAUUAUGGAUUACGUGGGGUUAUCAAUGCGUCUGUGAUAAUUAAAUCGGAUAAACCCGAUCGUCAUUCUGGGGUUGAUGGUGGUGUUCUGAAGGAACCGACUAUGGACAUGAUGCAUGUGUUGGGACAAUUGAUGGACCCUGUGACAAGUCAAAUCCAAUUAGACCAUUUCUAUGAUGAUAUUUUGCCAAUGUCACAAACUGAACUGGGGCUAUACGAGAAGAUUCAUGAUGUAAUCCACACCACGUCAAGUACCCUUAUUCGCAAGUGGCGAGAACCUUCAUUGACCAUUCACAAAAUCCAAGUUUCGGGGCCAAAUAACAACACAGUUAUACCCCAAGUUGCCAAUGCCACCAUCUCAAUUCGUAUUGUCCCUAAUCAAGAUUUAGCUACGAUAAAACAACAGCUAAUCAAUAAGUUGCAGAGUUCAUUUGAUAGACUCCAAUCAGAGAACUCCAUCCAGAUCAAUAUCUUCCAUGAGGCAGAACCAUGGUUAGGUGACCCUACAAACAAAGUAUAUUCGUUGUUGUACGAAAAGAUGCAGACUCAUUGGCAGCAGGAGCCGCUUUUCAUUAGAGAAGGUGGGUCGAUUCCGUCAAUUAGGUUUUUAGAAAAGUGUUUCAAUGCACCUGCAGCACAGAUUCCCUGUGGACAAGCGAGUGAUAAUGCACAUUUAAACGAUGAAAAAUUGAGGAUUAUCAAUUUGUUCAAAUUACGAUUGAUUUUAACGGACACUUUUAAAGAAUUGGGAAGACAGUAGAGUAUUUAGCUCUGCACAUUGUAUAGUCAGUUUACCGAACAAAUAAAAAAUGUCAAUAUUAUUUAAUUAUAUAAAUACGAGAAAAUUCCUUUCGUAUAAAAAGGAAAAAAAAAAAACUUACACACCAGCAAAAAGAGAGUCGAGUUCUUCUUUUUGUAAGAUCGGCUAAUAUAACAUAUUCUACAUAAAUCAGUGGAUCGAAUUAGUCGGUUCAUAUCGUCAAUUGUUUGAUAUGUGCGUUGGUGUUUGGGAUCGCUGUCGACGUCGAGAUCUUCAAAAUUGAUCAAAUCAUAGUCUUUCUCGUGCCAAAUCCAGGCAAAAUGAGGUGCCGAUGUCGAUGUUAGUGUUGAUGAGGAUGAAGUUGAGCUGGAAUUUGUGUCGGAGGACAGUUUCACGUUGGUUAAGGUGGUGUUGGAAAGUCCUUCUUGUUCCGUGUUCAAUUGUGCUAAUAUAUCCAAUACUUCCUGACAUGCUAGCUUAUCGUGGAAUGUCGGCACCAUUGAAUGGUAGGUUCUAUCGGUUGAUUGUUGGGUGAUGGGAAAAUUGGCAAAAAUGUUGUAUUUCGCCUUUGUUAGCUCUAUCCCCGUUGAUAUACAGCUGAACUCGGCGAAUUUCUGAAGCGAUUUGUUGAAACAGAAAACAGUCUGGAAUCUCCCCGAAUACAUUGAUGGAUAUUUUAGCUUGGAGAUAGUGUAAUUAUCAAGAAAUACGAUGGAAGAUUGCGGAAUGUUGAAGUGUUUGAUGAUGAUUAGUAUUUCAUUGAUUUCUUUACGGAUGUCAUUGAGAAGAAUGAGGGUUUUGGAAUUGGCAGAAUUCAAGUGCACUUUAUUCAAAUUGUUAUAAAAUGGAAGAAGAAUUUCUGUCACGAAACAUACAUCGUGUAUACUUAUAUUUUGAGGUAUAGGUAUCAACAAUUGAUGUGGGACAUCGAGGAAUUCUUGUAAUCCUCCAUCAAGGUCUUUUCCAUAGACCAAAUGGCACUCGCACGACUCUUCGAGAUGUUGAUUUUCCAAUUUGCAAGUUGUAUAAGGAAACACCAAAUAUUUCUGCUUUGGGUUAUACGCCAAUACUGAUUCGAUGCUUGGAGGAAUCGAACUAAUCUUGACUACCAUACCUUUUCCGGGCACAACCACGUCGCAGUCAUCAAUGAAAUCGAGUUCAUAAUUUAUCCCCGUCAUUUUUAUCUUUACAGUUAUUUUCUCCUGGUAUGAGCUAGGAUGGGUCUUGGCGACCUCAUUAACCCGUGGGAACACUAUUGACUUCCUGAGCUUCUUGGUUUUAGGAUCAUAUAGUCGUUUAAUGGGUAGUUGUGUCACCAUGGUGUACUGGAUUAUUGUUGUUUGUGAACACAUGCGUGUGAUCGUCUAGCAAAAAAAAAAGGUCGUAUUUUACGUCUGUUAUAAGAGAACAGUCGAGCUAAACGAAACCAAGCGUAAUUUCAAAAAUAGCCUCCGAGAGUGAAAUGUUGGAAAGACGGGUGGCGGAGAUCAGGAAUUUAAGCAAGCGUGCAGAAAAGGGGUGGCAGGGUACGAUUUAAAAUUCUUUGUUUAGCAUUCUGUAAUAAUAAUUUGUUGUUCGUAAACCCUGUCAGAUAUAGAGUUUUCCUGUUUUUGGGUAAAUAAUAAUGUGGUGAUGAUACGCAGGCCAAGCAAUGUUGGUUACCUUGACACCGUGGUAUUUUACGAGUAUUUGCUUACUUACAAGACAGGUUUUGACAUGACUUGAGUUUCACAUUAGAAGAUGUCGUCAAAUGUCAUAUUUUAGCGAGUCCAGACUUAACCGGGAAUUGGCCUAUUCUUGUCUCGUGUUUUAUAGUGGAAUGCUGUUGUGAGGUAGUGUCCCCUUAAAGUAAAGGUACCGAAAUUUUUUUUUAGCUCACUUUUUUUGUGGCACUAAAAACUUUUCCCUAAUUUCUUUGCCGAAUUGGGGAUUGUUGAUAACACACUAAAAAAUUAGUCUAACAAAAUAAUUUAUUAUG